ACGUUUGGUGGCGCUAAUGCGCGGAAACACAUCAAUAACUGCCAGCGAAGAAGAAGCUGCGCAUGCGCGGUGGUCAGUCAGCCAAAAUGGCGGCGAGUAACGGCGGAGGAAUGGAAGUGGACGCGACAGCGAGCCCCAGUGUGAUGGCGUCUGGAGUCACAGGCAGUGUGUCAGUGGCGCUGCAUCCUCUCGUGAUCCUGAAUAUCUCUGAUCACUGGAUCCGGAUCCGCUCUCAGGAGGGAAGAGCCAUGCAGGUCGUGGGCGCUCUGAUCGGAAAACAGGAGGGCAGAAACAUUGAGGUGAUGAACUCAUUCGAGCUGCUGUUUCACACCGUCGAGGAUCAGAUCCACAUCGAUAAAGAGUAUUACUACACUAAAGAAGAGCAGUUUAAGCAGGUUUUUAAGGACAUGGAGUUUCUGGGCUGGUACACGACUGGCGGCGCUCCGGACCAAUCAGAUAUUCACAUUCAUAAGCAGGUGUGUGAGAUCAUUGAGAGUCCACUGUUCCUGAAGCUCAACCCCAUGACCAAACACACUGACCUGCCAGUCAGCGUCUACGAAUCUGUGAUUGACAUCAUCAGCGGAGAGGCGACUAUGCUGUUUGCUGAGCUGCCGUAUACACUAGCCACGGAAGAAGCAGAGCGCAUCGGAGUCGAUCACGUCGCUCGCAUGACCGCCAUCGGGACGGGAGAGAACUCCACUGUGGCGGAGCAUCUGAUCGCUCAGCACAGUGCUAUAAAGAUGCUGCACAGUCGUGUGAAGGUCAUCCUGGAGUACGUCAAAGCAGUGCAGGCAGGUGAGGUCCCGUUCAAUCACGAGAUCCUGCGGGAAGCGAACGCUCUCUGUCAUCGUCUGCCGGUUCUCAACACACUCAAGUUCAAGACAGACUUCUAUGAUCAAUGUAAUGACGUGGGUCUGAUGGCGUAUCUGGGAACCAUCACCAAAACCUGCAACAGCAUGAAUCAGUUCAUCAACAAGUUCAACGUUCUGUACGACCGGCAGGGCAUCGGCCGGCGCAUGAGGGGCCUGUUCUUCUGAGCUCCUGCUGCUUUUUGUGUUAAUAAACCUCAUCUGUGUCACA